UGCAGCGAGGUUGUCGCCCUCAGACUCAGGGCGUCCGCCUCGCCGUCAGGGCGGGGCCUGUGGCGGAGGCAGCGCCUGGGCCCCGCCCCCGUCGGCACCUCCCCGCGGGCGGUCCGCCGCGUCACGUGACGGGUCGGCGGCGCUGGCGGUUGCUGUCAGCUGAUUCCCGGGUUGGUCGCAGCGGCAACCGGGGCGAUGGACUUUCUCUUGGGGAACCCGUUCAGCUCUCCGGUGGGACAGCGCAUCGAGAAGGCUACAGAUGGCUCCCUGCAGAGCGAGGACUGGGCCCUCAACAUGGAGAUCUGCGACAUCAUCAAUGAGACCGAGGAGGGCCCCAAAGAUGCCUUCCGCGCAGUGAAGAAGAGAAUCGUGGGGAACAAGAACUUCCACGAGGUGAUGCUGGCUCUCACGGUCUUGGAAACCUGUGUGAAGAACUGCGGGCACCGCUUCCAUGUGCUGGUGGCCAGCCAGGACUUUGUAGAGAGUGUGCUGGUGAGGACCAUCUUGCCCAGGAACAACCCGCCCACCGUCGUGCACGACAAGGUGCUGAGCCUCAUCCAGUCCUGGGCUGACGCGUUCCGCAGCUCCCCGGAUUUGACAGGUGUCGUCGCCGUCUACGAGGACCUGCGGAGGAAGGGCCUGGAGUUCCCCAUGACCGACCUGGACAUGCUGUCGCCCAUCCACACGCCCCAGAGGACCGUGUUCAACUCAGAGACGUCAGGACAGAAUUCCCUGGGCUCCGACAGCAGUCAGCGAGGGGACCUGAGCCAGCACAGCACCCCUCUGCCCACCCCAGCCCUGCUGCCUGGCGAUGCACCCAUCACACCAACCCCGGAGCAGAUCGGGAAGCUGCGCAGCGAGCUGGAGAUGGUGAGUGGGAACGUGCGGGUGAUGUCGGAGAUGCUGACGGAGCUGGUGCCCACCCAGGCGGAGCCUGCGGACCUGGAGCUGCUACAGGAGCUCCACCGGACGUGCCGGGCCAUGCAGCAGCGGGUCCUGGAGCUCAUCCCGCACGUCUCCAACGAGCAGCUGACUGAGGAGCUGCUGGUGGUGAACGACAACCUCAACAACGUGUUCCUGCGCCACGAACGGUUUGAACGGUUCCGAACAGGCCAAACUGCCAAGGCCCCAAGUGAGGCCGAGCCGGCCGCUGACCUGAUUGACAUGGGCCCUGAUGCUGCGGCCACCAGCGACCUCUCACCCCAGCUGGCAGGAAUGAACCUGGGCUCCAGCAGUGUGAGGCCUGCCCUGCAGUCUCUGGAUGCCCCAAGCCGCCUGGAGGACGAGUUUGACAUGUUUGCGCUGACCCGGGGCAGCUCGCUGGCUGACCAGCGGAAAGAGGUCAAGUACGAAGCCCCCCAAGCAACAGAUGGCCUGGCUGGAGCCCUGGACGCCCGGCAGCAGAGCACUGGAGGGAUCCCUGUCACCCAGGCCUGCCUCAUGGAGGACAUAGAGCAGUGGCUGUCCACCGACGUGGGGAAUAAUGCUGAGGAGCCCACGGGUGUCACCAGUGAAGAAUUUGACAAGUUCCUGGAAGAACGGGCCAAAGCUGCCGAUCGGCUGCCCAACCUCGCCAGCCCCUCAGGUGAGGGGCCCCCAGGACCCCCUCCUGGCGCAGCCCCUCGGAAGAAGACCCAGGAGAAGGACGACGACAUGCUGUUUGCCUUAUGAGCCAGGGCCUGGCGCCCCUCUGCCCAGGCCUGCUGCCCCGGCCCUGGGCUCUCCCGCCUUAGCACUGCGGCUGCUUAGUGGGUGGCUGGGUGCCCUUUCCAGGAGAGUGGAGCUGGGCCAUGCUACCCUGGGGGGCAGGACGGGGGGAUGACCUGGGGAAGGGGUCAGCUCUCCACUGGACCCUGGCUGCCCCACCUCCUCCUGCAGCUGCUGGGAACCGGGAGGCUCCAGGCAGCUGCCUGGCUGCCUCACCUGGUGUGACUCUGCUCUCCUGGGGUCCCACCCUGGUCCCUUCCCGGAGGCGCCUCAGAGCCCACACUGCCUGGCCCUGCCUGCGGGCCUGGAGGCUUUGGCUUGCUGUGUGAGGCUGGGGUGGAGGCUGUGCCACGCUGCUGUCUGGGGAGACCACCCCCUAGGAGGCAAGGCCUCGGGGCCACCAGGGCCCCCGCCGCCCCUGCCUUUCCCCCCUUUCCCAGUUCUCCUGGCAGGCUGCACACCCUGCUGGACGAUCACCUUGGACAGGGAGAGGUGCCCUUUGUGUCCCCCAAUAAAGACAGAAACCACCUUGCCGGCUGCGUCCUUCU